GCGGGGAGAUGCAGCGGAUGCCGCACCUUCGUCGGCCCCUUCUCUUUCCCAGACUGCUCGCCGCUCCCUGGACUGCUUUUUCGAGGCUGCUUUCUUGAGACCGCUGGCUAGAUAGGCUGGCGCGACUGCUUCUUGGAUUUCUGCACUUCUUGAAUCUUUGCACGAAACGACGACACGACCAUCAUGAACUGGACGCUAGAGGAAGUGAAGAAACAUAACACGCGGGAGUCGUGCUGGGUGAUCAUCAAGAAUAAGGUCUACGAUGUCACCUCCUUCCUAAACGACCACCCCGGUGGCGCCGCCAUCAUCCUAAAGUACGCCGGCCGCGACGCCACCGCCGCCUACGAGCCCAUCCACCCCGCCGACGCCCUCGAGAAGAACCUCCCCGCAUCCGCACAUCUUGGGCCCGUCAACACCGACGCGGCCAGCACCCUCGAGGCCGCGGUGCGCAACCGCAGGAAGACGAAGGACGAGAUCCGGAUCGAGGAGGCGCAUAAGUAUAAACCGGCGCUGAGCCAUGUUUUGAGUCUGAGGGAUAUGGAGGACGUGGCGAAGAAGGUGCUGCCCCAUAAGGCGUAUGCGUACUAUUCGUCGUCUACGGAGGAUACUAUCUCCAAGAACGAGAACGCUCAUGCGUUCAGUCGAUUCUUUUUCCACGCCCGCGUAAUGCGGCCUGUAUCUCGAUGCGAUCCGUCUACGACCAUUCUUGGAUUCAAGUCGUCGAUCCCUGUCUUUGUGAGCGGGGCAGCUAUGGCCAAGCUCGCACACCCUGACGGCGAACUCAACAUCACCCGCGGCUGUGCCGCCCAAGGCAUCAUCCAAAUGGUCUCCUCCAACGCCUCCUACUCCUACGCCGAAAUCGCACACGCCGCCACCCCCACCCAGCCCCUCUUCUUCCAGCUCUACAAGCACAAGGACGACGCGCUCGCCCUCCAGCGCAUCCGCGAGGUCGAGGCGCUCGGGUACAAAGCGCUCUUCCUCACCGUCGACGCCGUCGUGCCCUCCAAGCGCGAGUUCGACAUCCGCGCGCCGUGGUAUUUGGAGGAGUUGGAGCGGGGCGGGCCGAUGGAGUUCGUGGAGGAGCAGGCGGACGCGCUGCAGGGGCAGUCGUUUGGGACGGCGGGUGGGCUGAUUGUGAAUGAUGAUAGGGACAUGACUUGGGAGAGGACGAUUCCGUGGUUGAGGAGCGUGACGAGGUUGCCGAUUGUGCUGAAGGGCAUUCAGUGUGUAGAGGAUGCGCUCCUUGCUGCUGAGGCAGGAGUGGACGGGAUCCUGAUCUCGAACCACGGUGGCCGGCAGCUAGAUUAUUCCUUGCCUCCCAUAGAGGUUCUUUACCGACUACGCAAGCAUCACCCGGAAGUAUUCGGGAAGAUGGAAAUAUACAUUGAUGGUGGUAUCACUCGCGGUAGCGACGUGCUCAAAGCGGUUUGCUUGGGUGCGACUGCGGUUGGUCUUGGUCGCCCGUAUCUCUAUGCGCAAGGGGCGUACGGCGUGGCUGGCGUGAAGAGAAUCACCCACAUUCUAGAGACGGAAAUCGUCACGGCGAUGCGUCUUAUGGGCGCGUCAAGGAUCAAAGACUUGACGCCUGAACUGGUUGAACGAGUGGACUGGCAGGUCGGCCUUAAGGCUCGGCUCUGAUAAGCUGGAUGAUGACUUGUAUGAUCUAUCUGGAGGAUAUAUGUAUAUGUGUAUAGAGAAUGGCUAUACAAGCCUAUCUUCUGCGACCACA